AUGAGGCACCUUCCAACAGCCCCCGGGCUCAGGGUCCCGAAAAGAACCAUUCUCCUUGUCCGCCCUCUGACAAGCUUUCAAGAGCUGACCACGAGCAAGAAGCAGGCUGGGCGCCCUUCUCCCAAAGGGCAGGGGAAGAAGAAGAAGAAAGAGCAGCCUGUGCCGGUGGUGGACAUUCCGGACGAAGAUGUUGCGGUUUCUGAUGAAGACGUUGAGUUUUUCAGCCGCGGCAAGGGGCACGCAUUCCUUGCAAAGCUCGAUCCAUCCAAGUUGGAGCAAGGGAAGAAGGCGAAAUCAAAGACCAAAGAGACGCCAGAAGAUUACUAUGCUCGCUUAGCCCGGCAGGAUGAGAGGGGAGAAGAGGAUAUGGGCAAAAGCUACGGGCCAGAGGAUGUUCUGCCAAUCAAAACGCUUGGAGGAGAGUUGCAGUACCGCAGUUUGGAGAAACUAGAGGAGGCAGAAGAUGGACCGACCACAGUCGAGGACCGGAGGGCAGCGCUCAAGCGGAAGAAAGGGGAAGCGGAGGGGGAGGAGAAAGAGGAUGAUAAGGAAACAGAGGGUGCGGAGAUUGAAGCGGAGGGGCGAAAGUCGAAGAAGCAGCGCAGGGAGGAUGUGAAGAAGCAGAAGCGAGAGGAGAAGAAGAAGAAGGAGGAGGGGCCUGAGAAGGGAAAGAAAGAGGGGCGGGAGAUUGAAGUGGAAGGAGAGGCGGAUGACGAGGGAGCAGAGGGUGCCGAGGAGGACGGGCUGACAGUCCCAACGCAAGAAGAUAUCGUUGCGUCGCUGCGCGAGUAUGCCUCGGUUCAGGAGCGCCGUCCGGCGCUGCGUCUGCGUAUGGCGGAAAUUGGGACGUCGCUGCUGGCGGACCCUGAGGGGCACAUGGGCGCACUCAAGGAGCUGCUGCAGAUGUGCGACGAUGACGACGUCGAGGUGGCGCAGCUGGCGAUGCUCUCGGCAAUGGCUGUCUUCAAGGACAUCUGUCCAGGGUACCGGAUACGGCUGCCCACGGCCAAGGAGCUCGACGUGAAGGUCUCGAAGGAGGUUCUCAAGCUGCGCCAGUUUGAGGCCAGCCUCCUGCACGCUUACCGGUCUUACGUCCAGCAACUUGUCAAGGCCGCCAAGUCCCACCCCCUGCGGCGCGCGGCGGUGCGAGCGCUGGCCGGGCUGUUGGUCGCCCUCCCCCACUUCAACCUGCGCGAGAGCCUGCUCCAGGCGCUCGUCCCGCGCAUGGACGCGGCGGAUGACGUCAUCAGCGGCCAGUGCUGUGGAGCGCUGCGGGAUCUGUUUGCGGGGCGGGGGACCGCGCACCAGGAGGCGGCGCUCGAGGCGGUGCAGCUGAUUGCGGACUUCGUCCGGCAGCGUGCGUGCAGAGUCCACCCUGACGUCAUCCGCGUCUACCUCAACCUGCGCUUCGACGAAGACCUGGGGCGGUCUUCGGGCACCGGCGAGAAGGCUAACGCUGGCAAGGUUUCGAAAAAGGCCGCCAAGCUGGAGAAGCGCAAGCUCGCCGCCAAGCUGCGGAAAGAAGUCGAGUCGGACGUCCGGGAAGCGGAGGCCGUCCUGGUGCCGUCCGAACGGCGCAAGCUCCAGAGCCAAACGGUGGCCGCCGUGUUCGAAACGUAUUUCCGGGUGCUGAAAGAUGCGGACAGUGGGAGCACCAGUCUGCUGUCCGUUGGGGACGGCUCAGCGGCGAAGGGUUUGGGGCCGCGGCCGCUGCUGGGGGCGGCGCUCGAGGGACUGGCGAAGCUGAGCCAUCUGAUCAGUGUCGAUUUCAUGGGCGACUUAUUGGAAGUUCUGCGCCGCCUCGCGCUGGGGGGCGCCGCGCGCCUGCUGGACGACACCCCCGACCCGGAAACCCCCCCGGAGGUGGACGAUGACGUCAGCCUGACGCCAGACGAGCAGCUGCAGUGCUGCGUGGCAGCGUUCCGCAUCGUCAAGGGCGCGCUCGACGCGCUCAACGUGGACCUGCGCGACUUCUACGUGCGGCUGUAUCAGCUGCUGCCGGAGGUGCCCUUCGAAAACAGCGACACUCUGGGCCCCGCCCUGGCCCAAGCGCUCGAGAGCACUUUAUGGGAGGCUCGCCAAGUGGACCAGGGCCGCGUCGCGGGUUUUGCCAAGCGGCUUGCGGGGGGUUCCCUCGCCACCACCGACACUGCCGCUGCAGUCGCGGAGCUGAUCGCGCUUCGGCGGCUGUUGCAGCGCCACCCGAAAGUGGGCUCUGGGAUGCUGGAUACGGAAGGGGGAGGGGGGCUUACGGUAUACCGCCCCGAGGCUCCCGACCCCGAGAGCAGCGGCGCGCUUGCGUCGUGCCUGUGGGAGCUGUCCCUGUUAACCCGCCACUUCCACCCCGCGAUCGCCAGGCUGGCAGCUGACGUGGCAGCCCUGGCGUCCUCCCGGGAUGCAACCGGUUACCUCGGCCUUACUCCGACCGAGGCAGUCACCGCUUACAGCACGGCUGGGGGGGGCUUCCGACCGGGGAUUAAGGCCCCCCGGAAGAAAGGAAAUGCGGGCGGGGGCGGAAAGAGAAAACCCGGGUUUGGUGACGCGUUUGCGAAGUUAGUGGAGGAGAACGAAGUGGGGGGGAGUGGAAGAGGGGGAAACCAGGGGGGUGGUGAGGAGUUGGUCGGGAGAGCGUUUAGGGUUAUGUUUAGGGAGGUUAGGGAUCACCGGGACAACUUGGCGCUGAGACGAGAGCAGCGGAGAGUGGCGGCACUGCAGGCCAAGAUGCGGGAGCGGGCGGAACAGCAAGCGAAGCGGAAACGGAAGACGGAACGGAUCGCGAAUGGUAGUGUAGGAGGGGUGAAUGGAGGGGAGGGCCUUAAGAAGAGCGUUAGAAGAAGAGGACGGUCGAAGGGUCAGAACAAAAGCAAGGCAAGCAGAAAAAGCGAAGCAAACAGUGAAGGGAUGGAAGAAGGUGCCCAUUGAAUCUUAAAUCAGAUAUUCCGACCAAGAUGUGAGCUUCUACAACAUUGGACUUUCAGCAGAUCAAUCAAAUCAGAUUGGAAGGGAGAUUUCGAGGCGUGGUCGAUCACUCUCGCUUCUUUUUCAACGAACUGCGCCAUCAGGAUCAAAUACUCUGGAGGUUUUCUCGAAGUGUCGCUUUUCACUCCAGAUAUGCUUUGUUUCUUACCAAUGAGAGGCGA